UUAUCCCGGUUCACCAAAUAAAAUGAUAUUUUUAAGCCAACUGAAAAUUAGUAACCGAACAUCAUUCAAUAGCUAUUGCCAUUUCACUUACGGCGCUGGGCUAGACCACCCAACCCUAUCUAGAAGAUAUCCAGGGACGACACGAUCCGAGGAUAGCCACCUACCUCAUUGACCAUCCCGAGGGCUGGUCAUUCUUUUUUGCGCCCAAUAGUUAAAAACCUGCUCCCGAGGACCAUUAAUCCGACGGUCAAAAUCCUUGUGACCCCACAAGGCCCCGUCAUCAUCGCCACUAAGAACACCUGUAGCAAGCCAAAAUUGUAUAAGAACCGAACAGGUUGCUACUCUUCAAGUCGAGCAACCCCAAACUGAGACCUUAGAUGGCGCCAAGGUCCGGAUCUCCAUCCAUCCACGCCCUUCCCUCCAUUUGCUUGCUCCCCCUCCUCCUGUCCACGUGUCUCCUUCCCAGAUCCACCUCCCAAAGGACGUCGCAGGAAGACGACAAACGAACUCUCCUAAAGAUCAAGGCCGACUGGGGAAACCCUCCCGCUCUUAGCUCUUGGAGUAACUCCGGCGGCGCCGCCGGUGACCACUGCAACUGGGACGGCAUCCUCUGCACUAAUGGCUCCGUUACUGACAUAUCGCUCGGGGAACAAAGCAUCACAGGACCGAUAUCUCCGGCCAUCUGUGACCUUAAAAACCUCUCUCUUCUCGAUCUCCAUGAUAACGAUCUCUCAGGACCUUUCCCCACUAUCCUCUACAACUGCUCCAAUCUCGAGUACUUGGACAUCUCUGAGAACCUCUUCAUCGGCGAGAUCCCUGCCGAUAUCUACCGAAUGUCUUCCCGUCUCUCCGAUCUCCGCUUGUCUGGUAACAAUUUCACCGGCAACAUUCCCCCCUCGAUCUGUCGGCUUCCGGCCAUCCGGUCGUUGCUCCUCGACAACAAUCUCUUCAACCGCUCGUUCCCAGCUGAACUGGGCAACCUUUCUGCUCUGGAGACCCUCACUCUCGCUUACAACCCCUUCACCCCUGCGAGAAUUCCUUCAGAAUUUGGGAAAAUGGCCAAAUUGAGCUACCUUUGGAUGACAAAAAUGAAUCUUUUUGGUGAGAUCCCGGAGUCUUUGGGGAAUUUGGUCGAACUGGAGCACCUAGACUUGGCGUGGAAUUCUCUCAAUGGAACAAUUCCCGGCUGGAUCUGGAAGCUGGAGAAGCUAAAGGAGCUCUAUCUAUUUGCUAACAAAUUCUCCGGCGAGAUCAGUGGAACGAUCAGAGCCUUGAGUCUGGUCCAGCUCGACGUCUCCAUCAACCAGCUGACUGGAUCCAUACCGGAGGAUAUCGGAAAGCUCAAGAACCUCUCUAUUCUAUUCAUGUACUACAAUCGCUUAUCUGGUGAGAUUCCGGCAAGCAUCGGAUCGCUCCCGAACCUGCAAGACAUCCGGCUCUUCGGCAACAAUCUCACGGGGGUUUUGCCACCGGAAUUAGGAAAGCACUCCCGACUGUUGAAUCUUGAAGUCCAGUGGAACAACAUUUCCGGCAAGUUGCCGGAGUAUCUCUGCGCCGGCAAGGCUCUGACCUCGCUGAACGUGUUCGAUAACAACUUCGCCGGUGAGGUGCCGGCGUCUCUCGGCGACUGCUCGACUCUGGAUAACAUUCAGCUCUACAGGAACGCAUUCUCCGGCGACUUCCCCACAGGAAUCUGGUCGGCUGUUAACCUGACCACCGUCAUCAUCCACGAUAAUGCCCUUUCCGGCACUCUUCCAGACGAGCUCCCAUGGAAUCUAACACGGUUGGAGAUGCAAAACAAUAGAUUCUCCGGCAAGAUCCCGUCGACCGCGAAGAAACUGGCGGUGUUCAGGGCGAGCAACAAUUUGUUUUCCGGCGAGAUCCCGGGAACACUAGCUGGUAUAUCCCGGCUCCAGAUCCUCUUCCUCGGCGGAAACCAGAUCUCGGGAUCGAUCCCGCCGGCGGUCUCGUUAUUGACUUCCCUCGUCAACCUCAAUCUCAGCAAGAACCGUCUCUCCGGUGAGAUCCCGGCAGCGCUCGGAUCGCUCCCGGUGCUGACCUCCCUCGACCUCUCCGGCAACCAGCUCUCCGGCGAGAUCCCGCAGGCGAUCGGCAACCUGACGCUCAACUUCCUCAACCUCUCCUCCAACCAACUCUCCGGAGAGAUCCCGACCUCGCUGCAGAACCAAGCGUACGAGCGUAGCUUUCUGGCCAAUCCCGGCCUCUGCUCGUCAUCCAACUCCAUCAAGAAUCUCCACACGUGCGGAUACCGAUCAAACGACUCAGAUAAGCUCUCAAAGGGGCUCCUCGUCCUCUUUGUGGUCCUCGGUGCGGCCUGCUUCUUGGCCGUGGUGGUGAUAGGUCACUCGAUGGUGAGAGAGCACCGCCGGAGGAGGAUGGACGGCGAUGAUCUCGCCUCGUGGAAGCUCACGUCAUUCCAUUCUCUGGAUUUCACCGAGCACAACAUCGUCCCUGGGCUCACCGAAAGGAACUCGAUCGGGAGCGGUGGAUCGGGGAUGGUCUACCGGGUCGUCCUCAGAGAUCGUGCAGAGGAGAUCGUGGCCGUCAAAAAGAUAUGGAACCGCAGAAAGCUGGACUCCAAGCUGGAAAAGGAGUUCCAGGCGGAAGUUGAGAUCUUGGGCUCCAUCCGGCACGCCAAUAUCGUGAAGCUCUUGUGCUGCAUCUCAAAUGACGACUCCAAGUUGCUGGUGUACGAGUACAUGGAGAAUGGAAGCCUGCACCAGUGGCUGCACAAAUUGCAGAGAAUCGAUAGGGGCUCGGAGCGUUCUGAUCCGUUGGAUUGGCCGACGAGGCUGGGGAUCGCGAUCGGAGCAGCACGGGGGCUCUGCUACAUGCAUCAUGAUUGCUCCCCGCCCAUAGUGCAUCGAGAUGUGAAGUCCAGCAACAUACUACUGGAUGCAGAAUUCGGUGCCAAGAUCGCAGACUUCGGUCUGGCUCGGAUGCUGGUUAAAGGCGGCGACCCCGAAAGCGUGUCGGCUGUAGCAGGCUCUUUCGGAUAUAUGGCUCCAGAGUGUGGAUACUCGAGGAAGGUCAAUGAGAAGGUGGAUGUGUUCAGUUUCGGGGUGGUCCUUUUGGAGCUGGUAACAGGAAGGGGAGCCAACGAUGGGGGUGAGCACGAAUGCCUUGCAGAGUGGGCAUGGCGCCAUUACCAGGAGGGUGGUAGGGUGAUUGAUAUCAUAGACGAGGAGAUUCGAGAUCCCCUGCUUUACUUUGACGAGAUAGAAGUGGUCUUCAGGCUAGGCCUGUUCUGCACAGGAAGAACGCCUUCAUGCAGGCCUUCAAUGAAAGAGGUGUCGCAAGUCCUAGCAAAGUGGGAUAGAAGGCUGAGGCCUCGAAAUUUGCUUCACGGCCAGUUCGAUGCAGCUCCCUUUCUGCAAACCAAGAAGGGUAGCCGGCGUCAAAGCCUGUCAGAAGCAAGCGAAAGAGAAGAUCACAAUUAUUUGGCAGGUCUAGUUUAGGUGUGACUGCUUCACAUCUUGUUCUCUGUGCCGGGGGAGUUUCCUCCUUUGUUGCAUGGUGCCCUUCGCGCUGGAUCAGCGUCGGACCACUGCAUGCUGGGCCAAUGCCCACGCAGGCAGAGAGAAACCACAUACAGCAUGCUCGGCCCUGUCCAAUCACCCCCUUAACAUGAUUAAAUCAAUGGUGGAUGAUUGAACGGGACCUUUCGGUGACUGGAGAGUAUCUGAACAGCACGGAAGACGCACCCUCAACCCAUAAGAUGAGCGGCCGCUAAGGGCGGUUUAACACUUGCCCAAAGAGAUGGGCUGUCUUUACCUGUAUGUAUUUCUGUAACAAUAUUUGUUUAUAGAUGUACUCAUGAUUUAUCCUCCAAAUACUUUGGCACUUUUAUCAUCUCAUUAAUACUGCAUAUGUAACAAAGAGAAUUCAGAACCAUUAGCUCCAAGUAAAUAUAUAAGAGCUAGUUCAGUUCCCCUUUA